AUGCCAGAAAGAUUUGCCUGCACAAUUGUCUCUGACGGUGUCCGUGUAACGAUUUCAAAGAGCCCAGUUCCUUUACAGCCUCCAGGCAGAACAGAGAAUGCCCCAGUGCCUUAUCUGCCAGGAGCCAUCUGUCUCACCCCCAGAGAGGUCUUCACCAACAGAUCAAUAAAGGAAACGCGUCAGCUGGGUGGCAGUGGUUGGGAAGAAGAGGUGAACAAGCUCAGCACGGUCUGUGGAGGUGUCGGCCUCGCUCCCCACGGCCUUCUCUGUUUCAGACUUGACAAAAUGUCUUUCUUCUCAUCAUGGAUGAAAGCUAUUUUCAUCAUUGUCUUACUAUUUCCUCUACAUUCUGAAACUUCUUUUUCAAGACCAAACACAGUUCAAAGAAUAGGACCGGACUGUGACGUGUUUAAAGAUCGAUUAAAUUUAUGCACCAGAGAAAGGAAUCCAAUCUGUGCAACCAAUUGCCGAACUUAUUCCAAUCCAUGCGUUUUCUGCAGUGCAAAGAUUGAAUCUGGUGGAAAAUUUGGUUUUCGUCGUUAUGGUAUAUGCUGACUUUACCCGAGCUACACAUUCCUAUGCCUUUUAUUGCAGUCCCAUUUUGCGGUAGUUUCUACAAGCAAGUAGAGUCUUCUCAGCAGAGCUUUAAAUUCCUAGAUGACCUCGUAAAGCCAUUUGUGGUAUAAAGAUUGGAAUAUAAGAUGUUGAAUAAUUUUUCCAAAUCUAAGAAUCUGUCACUGAAAGAUUUUUAUCCUCUAUGUUGAAUUAUGAAUGGCAUUUGAAAAACUAUCUUAAAUAUUAUUAUAUAAUAUAAAGCCUAAUGUAGUUUACAAUGGUAAAUAUUUCAAUCAAUAGAAGUUAAAUAAUAGUAUCUUUCUUAAAAUACCAUUUCUUUCUUUGGUUGGUUAGUGGGUUAGGCACACUAAUACUUUUGAUAACUAUAUUAAGGAAAUAUUUUCAAAAGUGAACACAUAAUAUAUUACUUCGAUGUUUAUUAACAGUACAGACACUUGGGCUCUUCUUUAUCCUAAAGAAUCAAAACCUCUAGGAGAGAGAUCUGGGAGCUUGACUUCUAACAAGUACUCUAGGUCGAUCUAUGAUCCCAAAUGUUAGCAAUAUGGACUUCAAUUCUAAAAUAUAGGACAUGCAUAUAAUUGAAUGAAUUGCAGAACAUGUUCAAAGUUAUUGUAAGGCAUCUGAUGUUUGGAAGAACAAGUUAUAUUACUUUCUUUAUCUCUCACAAAUCAGUCCAAAGACAGGUUGGUAACCCUGGGGUGCCAGAAAACUCUGCCUUCUUCAAUCUAGGAUUUUCAUUAGUGGUCCGAGUCUCAAGCUUUUCCAUUUCUCUCCACCUCUCAGGCAAGGAGAAGCCAGCUGUUUUUGGGUGGCCAAAUACUCCUUUAAAGCUUGAUUUUAAUGGCAGUAAUGUAGAUUGACUACUGGAAGAGAAGUAUCAAUCUGCUCCAUAUAUGAUAUCAGGCCUGCUCUUCUUUUCACUAAACAUCUUCUACAGUAAAAGGGUGAUUCUUGUGGGAGGUGCUCAUUCAUUUGCAUUCUUUAGUAUUAAUUCUUAAUGAAAACAUUUAGAAGAAUGUACAUUUUUAGAGCCACAUGAUGAAAAUGCAUUCACUUUCAUGCCCGUUUUCAUUACAGAGAACCCAUAUAGAACACCUUAUUCAGUGAAUGCUGACAAAUUAAUACAUAUGUGCUUUUUACUUUUUUGAAGUUGAUUUUAAUUUUUUUCUUUUUACUGAUAUGUGUCAUAAAAUGAACAAAAAACCCUACUAUGCAUUGAGCCCUGUAUUCUGAUAGGGAAAAGUUGGUCAGCAAAAGGAAAUAUUGUAACUGUCCUCUAGGGACGAUCAGUGUAUGGUGUAAGUUCGUAUCCAUUCGUGAAUGGGGAUCCACCUCACUGCACGACUAUUUCCACACAAGCUUUGUGAGUCAGCCUCCCACAUCCCAAGUGUUAUGGAACUUCGUUCUUAGAAGAAUCUUGCUGGAUAAACAUCUGCUCCAAAUUUCAGCUAUAAUGAAAGUGAGACACAGGAAAGUUAACAAUAUUUAAAAUCUGACACUUGAUAAGAAAAUAUGUGUUUAUAUUUGAGAUAAAAUUAAUAAAACAAAAUUUGUCAGUUUAAAGCAGACAAUUCUGUAUUUUUUAGCAAAUAUUUCUUCACAAUGUUGUACAACCAUCACCACUAUCUAAUUUCAGAACAUUUCCAUCCUCUCACAUUUGAAAAACAAAAAUCAAACAAAAGACCACUACUUCCCAAUUCCCCAUCAACCCCUGGCCACCACUAAACUACUUCUUUCCUCUGUCGAUUUGCCUAUUGUGGGCAUUUCAUAGAAAUGGAAUCAUAGGAUAUGUGUAUGUCUUUCACAUGAAAUGAAUUAUAUGUAGAUAUAGAUAAGUAUAGAUCUAUAUCUAUGGUUUUUGGUCUUUUGUGAACAACUUCUUUCAUGUAGCUCAAGGUUUUCAAGGUUCAUCCCUGUUGUAGCACGUACGAGUACUUCUUUCCUUUAUAUGACUGAGUAAUAUUCCAAUGUAUGGAUAUACCACCUUUGUUUAUCUGUUUAUCAGCUGAUAGAUAUUUGGAUUGCAUCUACUUAUUGGCUAUUAUGAAUAAUGCAGCUGUGAACAUUCUUGUACCAGUUUUUCUGUGACCAUAUAUUUCCAUUUCUCAUGGAUAAAUGUCCAGCAGUGGAAAUUUGUAUGGUAACUCUACCUUUAACUUUUUUUGAGGAGAUGCCAAAAUGCUUUCCACAAUGAGUGUACCAUCUUAAAUUUCCACCAGGACUGUAUGAGGGUUCCAGUUUCUCCAUAUUUUCACCCAAAUUCAGAAGUUGUCAUAUUAAAAGAUUAUAUUCACCCUAGAGGGUGUGAACUAGUACUCCACUGUCGUUUGCUUUACAUUCCCCUUAUGAUGAACAAUGUUUCACACAUUUUCAUGUGCUUCUUGGCCAUUUCUAUAUCUUCUCUGGGGAAACGACUAUUUAAAUCCUUUGCCCAUUUUUAAACUAU